AGGACAAAGAGUAUGGUGUUGGCUCCGGCGAGUGGCCACAGUCUUGGAUGCGGUUGUAUGAGUUGAGUAGCGCUGUGGUCCUUGCAGGGGCCGGGCCUAUGGAAUUCUUGAAGGCGAGUGACUAUGAAGCCCAGGGAAACAAGCGUCCUGUAUCUUGUUUUGCCCGCUUCCCUUACGGAUGGAGCAACCGCUGACCGGAUGCUGAGCGUGCCGGGUCCGCGUUUCCGGUGUGGCAGUUUUGUGACGUAGAAGAACCUGAAACCGACAGCGGCGAGGGGAGGGCGAAUGGCCGCCACCUGCUUCUCUUGACCUGCCUUAGAAAGAAUGGAAAGCAGAGGCCAGCGGGAAGACACCUUGAAGCUUGCGGAUCUGGACCUGAACUCCUCUGAGAAACAGAGUGGAGGAGCAAGUACAGCAAGCAAAGGACGCUAUAUACCUCCUCACUUACGGAACAGAGAAGCGUCUAAAGGAUUCUCUGAUAAAGACAGUUCAGGUUGGAGUUGCAGCAGAGAUAAGGAUGCAUAUAGCAGUUUUGGGUCUCGAGAAUCAAGAGGAAGGUCUGGUUAUUUCAGUGAUCGUGGAAGAUUUGAUGAUCGUGGACGGAGUGAAUAUGAUGGUAUUGGCAGUCGUGACAGAACUGGCUUUGGUAGAUAUGAACGGAGUGGACACAGUCGUUGGUGUGACAAGUCGGAUGAAGAUGAUUGGUCAAAACCACUGCCACCAAGUGAACGCUUAGAGCGGGAACUGUUUUCUGGAGGAAACACGGGGAUUAACUUUGAGAAAUACGAUGAUAUACCAGUAGAGGCAACCGGCAGUAACUGUCCACCACAUAUUGAAAACUUCAGUGAUAUUGACAUGGGAGAAAUUAUCAUGGGGAACAUUGAGCUUACUCGCUAUACUCGUCCUACUCCAGUGCAAAAACAUGCCAUUCCUAUCAUUAAGGGAAAAAGAGACUUAAUGGCUUGUGCCCAGACAGGUAAGCUUAUGUUUUGUCUUCAGGUUCUGGAAAAAACGGCAGCAUUUCUUUUGCCCAUACUGAGUCAGAUAUAUACAGAUGGUCCAGGAGAAGCUUUGAAAGCCGUGAAGGGAAACGGAAGGUGUGGGCGCCGCAAGCAAUAUCCAAUUUCCUUGGUUUUAGCCCCAACGAGAGAAUUGGCAGUACAGAUCUAUGAGGAAGCCAGAAAAUUUUCAUACCGAUCUAGAGUUCGUCCUUGUGUAGUCUAUGGUGGUGCUGAUAUUGGUCAGCAGAUUCGGGACUUAGAACGUGGAUGCCACUUGUUAGUAGCCACUCCAGGACGUCUAGUGGAUAUGAUGGAAAGAGGAAAGAUUGCGUUAGACUUCUGCAAGUACUUAGUGUUGGAUGAAGCUGAUAGGAUGUUGGAUAUGGGAUUUGAACCUCAGAUACGUCGCAUCGUUGAACAAGAUACCAUGCCACCAAAGGGCGUUCGUCACACCAUGAUGUUUAGUGCUACUUUUCCUAAAGAAAUACAGAUGCUUGCUCGUGACUUUUUGGAUGAAUAUAUCUUUUUGGCUGUCGGCAGAGUAGGCUCUACCUCUGAGAACAUCACACAGAAAGUAGUUUGGGUGGAAGACUUAGAUAAACGGUCGUUUCUGCUUGAUAUCUUGGGAGCAACAGGGAGGGAUUCACUGACUUUGGUGUUUGUAGAGACCAAAAAGGGAGCGGAUUCCCUGGAGGAUUUCUUAUACCAUGAAGGACAUGCUUGUACUAGUAUUCAUGGAGACCGAUCACAGAGAGAUCGAGAGGAGGCCCUUCGCCAGUUUCGCUCGGGGAGAAGCCCAAUUCUUGUGGCUACAGCUGUGGCAGCACGAGGACUAGACAUUUCAAAUGUGAGACACGUUAUCAAUUUUGAUCUGCCGAGUGAUAUUGAAGAAUAUGUGCAUCGUAUUGGCCGUACAGGACGUGUAGGAAACCUGGGCCUUGCCACCUCAUUCUUUAAUGAAAAAAAUGUGAAUAUUGCAAAGGAUUUGUUGGAUCUUCUUGUAGAAGCUAAACAAGAAGUGCCUUCUUGGUUGGAAAGUAUGGCUUACGAACACCACUACAAGGGUGGCAAUCGUGGACGAUCUAAAAGAUUCAGCGGAGGAUUUGGUGCUAGAGACUGUCGACAGAGUAGUGCCUCCAGCAGUUCUGGCUUCAGUAGUAGUGGUGCAGGCAGCAGCCGCGGUGGUGGAGGUGGUUACGGCAACAGCAGAGGAUUUGGUAGAGGUGGCUAUGGAGGCUUCUACAAUAGUGAUGGAUGUGGAGGAAAUUAUGACUUCCAGGGGGUUGACUGGUGGGGCAACUGAAUCUGCUUCGCAGCAAUGUCACCCUUACAAACAAGCUAAUAUGGAAACCACGUGUAACUUAGCCAGACUGUGUCGUGUAGCCUCAAGAACUUGCAGGACGUUACCAGCAGUGAUUGUCCUGAAAAUUCAAGGGAGCUCAAAGUCACAAGAAGAAGAAUGAAAGGAAAUAAAACAGCAGCCCUAUUCAGAAAUUGGUUUGAAGACUUAAUUGCUGUGAUUUGGAUUUAACUCUCCCCUCCUGCUUUAGUCCCACCCCAAACUGCAUUUAUAAGUUUGUGGCUAAGGAUCGUUUUGUUUGUUAACAUACUGUGACUUUAACUUUAGACAGCUUCCUACUUUGAUGUCCUGUUGGAUCAGUCAUGCUCACGAUACCCACUGUUUUGACAAAAUAAAUUUACUAACCUCGGCCUAAAAUCAAACCGUGGCACACAGGUGUGAUACAACUUCAACAGGAAUCAUCAAUUCAUCCGUGAAUAUAAACGGGGAAAAAACAAAACAAAACAUCUUCAGACAGUAGCCUGCAUUCGGACCGCUUGACUCUUGCAGUCUUGGCGGGUGGGGGAUCAUCUUAAAGCAUUAAAGCAUAGUUUGUUUUUUUUUUAAUGUGACCAACCUAUAGUAAGUUCUGAUUUUCUCAGUGUAUCCUGGAGGGGCACUUAGAAACUUACCCUCUUUAAAUAAGCCAUUCCAGUGGUGAGGAGGUGGAAUGUAUCACCCUACCCAUUAAUAUUUUUGAAAGAGCUCUUAAAGUUAACUGAGGUAAAUACAGCAGUUUCUCUUUUAAAGUUUGAGAAGUUUAUUCUAAGCUAGGCAAACGUGGGCAUACUGUCACAGGAAAGGUUGGUUUAAAGCUUUGAUAAGAUGUUUGGGGAAAUAUCAUUUAAGUAGUUUUCUUAUGCCUGCUGUAAAAAUUCAAAAUGUUAGAAUGGCUGGCCAUGGCAACGACCAAGUCUCACGGCAGGCCUGAUUGGUUUCUGGUCUUUAACUGCAUGCUAGUGUUUAUGUUCUUCAGUCAAGAAGGAAAUUAAACAGGAAGGAUUAUGCAGCAGGCUUUAAUGUAAAUGUAGAUUAGUAAUGCUCUGUUGUAGCUGCAUUGAAAUGUUAAAAUGGCUUACACUUGUGGACUUUUUAAAUCUAAGGCUGCCAAAUGCUUGAAAUCACACAGGUUGCAUUUAUGUACUAAACUGCACAAGGUAUACCUUCUCUCUGCAGUUUUAGUGUAUUUUAGUUGCAUAGGUUUCCAUUGUAUUAGCAGUCUCUUGUGGUAAAUUUGGCCAAAGACGGUUGUCCACCGCUCAAAAUGCCUCUCUCACUUGGAAUUCUCUACUGAUUUUGCAGCCACAAUGCAAUGAUCUUCAGAAACAAAUCUUUUCAGUGGCAUCAGAAGUUGGCAAAAUUUGUUAAAGUGCAAGAGAUUUUCAAGUGUCUUGUGCCUUGUUCUAAAAUUUAUAAGUAGGUGUACUUUACAGUAUUGAGGUCAUUUGUUAAGGUGCUAUUUCAAUUAGUAUAAGUUUAGACUCUUGUACAUUUUGCCCAUAACUUUUUACAAAGCACUUACUGCAGAUUGAGAGAAUUUUAUAUAUGACUGUCUUGUGUGUGUGUUCUCAAUCUCCCAGUUUUAUUUCAUCUCUCAGAGAUUGUUGAAUGCAGCCAGUCAAGAAGUAGAUUGCAAAAUUUUAUUUGGGACCGUGGAAUGAUAGUUGAGAAGAAAACUGUUUGCACACAACAGAUUUUAGAUACUUUUGCUGCUAGUUGUAUAAUAUUUAUUGAAAAUUUUGACAAAUAUUUAUUUUUGUAAGCCUAAAAAUGAUUCUCUGAAAGUUUAAAGAAACUUGACCAAAAGACAGUACAGAAAACACUGGCACUUGAAUGUAACCGUAUGUGAAAUAAUAUAUUUUCUGGUAGUGUGCGCUUUUAAUGUCAAGUCCUAUUAAACUUGAGUCAAAUUAAGCAGACCCGGCAUUGGCAAUGUAGCUAUAAUUUUCUGAGAAAAUUUAAGACAAAAUUGUCAACUUGAAUUAAAACUUGCCACGGUUUUGAUAUCCUUGUCUUAUGGUAUUAAUGAAACUCAUCUGAACACUGAUAUGAAGUGUCUACAUCGUAGAUGCUCUCUGAGUUUGUUAGAUGUUUUGUUUUGAAUUUCAGUGAUUGUCUGGCAUAUCUACAGUCCUCAAACGUUAUAUUUUUGUGUAUUGCCGUGAGCAGUGACUUACAUUCAGUUUCAUCAGCCAGCAAUAUUUUCAGUAAAGAAUGUAAUUGCUGAAUGUAACCAUUGACCCUCAAGUCACUCUAAGUUUAGUAAUUGCUUAUUGUAUUAGUUGCAGAUGCUGUUACUGCAUGUGCUCUGUUAUUCUGAUUUUACUACAAUAAAAAGUUAAAAAUCUG